UUUGAGAAGGGAAACGUAGCCUUUGCUGAAGAAGAAGACGAAGACGCGCAUCUGCGGGGUGGCGGCGGCGGCAGCGGACAACAACGGCGACGGGUGCCCGAUCUCGUCAAAGACCCGAGGAAGACAGCUCGCUAGUCGGCGCCUGGUAAGGGCAGGCUUGAGCGACUAGCGACACCUUGACAAGAGGACUCCGCGGAGGCCAAUCAUGAGCAACUCAAAGAUCCACGUCGACAUCAGUUCCCAGACGCGAGUUAAUGUCUCCAGAAGCAGUGGAAGCCAGCCGGACAUGCGUCCCGUGACACCCCCGAUGAUGUACCAGCCAAUGGCCGGACCAGUUCCGCAGCCGCAAAUGAUGUUCGCGCCCCCUCCGUCGCCGCCACCAAUGAUGGCACCCAUGAUGCCUCAGCAAUUCAUGCAGCAGCCACCACCCAUGGCGUUUGCGCCUCAGCCGCAGAUGGCAUUCGUCCCGCCGCCACCGCCACCCAUGAUGUACGGGCCAGCCGGGCCCAUGUACGCCAGCACAAGGUCGCCAGCGACGACUUGCUAUGCGCCGAGCUACAGUGGCGGUUAUCCCGACCGGAGAGACAGUCGCGAUUGGGAUAGUGACCGCAUGGACCAGGAGUCCGACUACCGGCCGCCACGCAGGAAAUCCAGCCGUGGCAAGGGAAGGUCCGUGUGGCUCGUUUUAUUGCGCACUGUCUACGGCACGCUAAAGAGUCAAUGA